AUGACUGAUCCUGGCAGAAAACGUUCUGGGUGGCUAACCACAUAUGCUACAGCUGCCAAUUCUGCUGCCUGUGCACUCAUGGUUUUGGGAAACGGCACCAUUGGCUUUGACGAGUUCUUGGUGAGGAAGGUGCGCCAGGUGAAUCAGAAGGCAAAAGGAAAAUAUGAAGAAGAGUUCGCAAAGACCUUUCGCAAAUUUGAUAGCAAUGUUGAUGGUUUCAUUGAAUGGGAUGAGCUUCAGAGCUUAAUUUUAACCACUGGACAACACAUCACAGAAGAGGAAAUGAAUGAACUCAUGAAAGAGGCUGACAAAAACAACGAUGGCAAAUUAGACUUUGACGAAUGGAUGAAAUUGGUGGAAAAUAUCCAGUAAAUGAACAACAUUCCUCAACAACCAUCAGUGUCUCGUUUCUUCAGAAACCUUUUAAAAUAUCAUGUUUCAUCUCCUGCUCUACAAAUCCAUUACUUUUGGCUUUUGGCUCAGCCUCUCUUCAAGAUCACAUUUAAAUAAAUUAUAACACAUAGCUUACUGUACAGUACCUUGUGCCACAUUUCUCAUGCUCUACUGUAGCUAACUGAUCACCAGACAUUUGAAAGGAAUGUAAUCACUGCAUCCAAUGCAAAAUUAGACAUAUUUGACCUAUACUCUGAAAUUGCUAGCACUGUCGCUACAAUUCACUCCUGCAGAGGAAGAAGCAACAUUCUAUGUAUGAAACUCAAUGAUUUUGCCAGCAGUCUAUAACACAACCAUAUAUUCCAAACUUC